AUGGAUCGAAAAUGGAUGCUUGCUAGGUGUAAUAGUGAUGAAUAUGAGAAAGGGGUGGAGGAAUUUAUUACAUUUGCUAUUGAUCAUGCUGAAGAUCUGAGUCGUAUUUUGUGUCCAUGUAUCAAUUGCAACAACAUGGUCCGACAUCACGUUGAGGAUGUGAGAAUCCAUUUGGUGGUGAAUGGAAUUAUUCAAACAUACAAGUGUUGGAUAAAACAUGGUGAGACAUUAGAGGAUUUUCCUUCUUAUGUGAAUGGUGAGAUGUAUGGUGACACAGAAAAUGAUGAAACAGAAGCUGUUGAAAUGGAAGAGGAUUUGGAUGUGGAUUGUUUAGAAGAAAUGACACAUAUCUUAGGGCAGAACAUUGAAGGUGGUUCUGAAAUGUUUGAGACCUUGAGUAAUGAUGCAAAGACACCGUUGUACCCUAGGUGUACUAAAUUUAGCAAAUUAUCUGUUGUGCUAAAGCUUUAUAACCUGAAAGCACGUGGUGGAGUGUCCGAUGAUAUUUUCACAGGCUUUCUUAAAUUGGUGAAAGAGAUGCUGCCUGCCGAGAAUGUGUUUCCUGAUCGAAAUUAUGAGGCAAGGAAGAUGUUAAGCUCCAUCGGCAUGGGUUAUGAAAAAAUCCACGCAUGCCCUAAUGAUUGCAUUUUAUAUCGAAAGGAAUAUGCAUCAUUAGAAAAUUGCCCAGAGUGUAAUACUUCACGAUUUAGACGCCUAUUUAGCAUUGCAGAAGAGGCAAAGAAAUUGACAUGGCAUGCAGAUGAGAGAUUGAAAGAUGGUUUACUUAGACACCCAGCCGAUUCUCCACAAUGGAUCAAGAUUGACAAUGACUUUGAAGAUUUUGGGAGUGAAGAUAGAAAUUUGCGUCUCGCCCUUGCCGCUGAUGGGAUGAAUCCUUUUGUAUAUGAUGCUGACCAUGUUAAUUUCAGGCCCAAAACAACCGGAAACGACAUAGAUGUGUAUUUGGCACCAUUAAUUGAAGAUUUAAAGAUGAUGUGGGAUUCGGGUAUACAAGUUUUUGAUGCUCAUCGCAAUGAGAAUUUUAAUCUGAAAGCCUUGCUUUAUGGAACAAUAAACGAUUUUCCAGCAUAUGGAAAUUUGGCGGGAUAUAGCGUUAAAGGAUAUGAGGCGUGCCCUAUUUGUGAGGAGAAUACCUUCUCACCUUACUUGAAUUUUUCUCAUAAGAAUGUCUACCCGGGAUUUCGCAAAUUUUUGCCUAUUGACCAUCAUUAUCGAAGGUGGAAAAAAGCUUUUAAUGGGGAAACUGAAGAAGGUACUCCUCCAGUGCCGCCAUCAGGAGAUGAAAUACUUGAGAAAAUGCAGAAGUUGGAUGUUAAGCUUGGGAAGUUAAACGCAAAAAAUGUUCCCAGUAUCGGGCACAAAAAGUUGUCAAUAUUCUUUGACCUUCCGUACUGGAGGACCUUGCAUGUGAGACACUUCCUUGAUGUCAUGCAUAUUGAGAAAAACAUUUGUGAAAGUCUUAUAAGUACUUUACUUAAUGUGCCUAGUAAGACUAAAGAUGGGGAGGCUGCUAGACUAGACUUGGUUGACUUGGGGAUUAGAGCAUAA